GACCUGCUCAUAGACUGGUCCUUACUUGAUCCGAUGGCGGAGUACAGGUUCCUCCACACUGAGCUCUUAUACAGGGACUAUAUUCCGCGUUAUUAUUUUGCAAUCGUAUCCAACGUGCUUAUUCAUUUUAUUUGGUUCUCUUACUUUCUGGUGCCUUCGGGGCUGAACAUCACGCCGAGAACGUUCAUUGUUGCAUUUCUCGAAAUCCUUUGCAGGGCCCACUGGUAUAUCUACCCUCUGGAAAAUGAACAGCUGGGUAACAUGGACCAGUACCGGGCAAUGCGGGAGAUUCCACUGCCGUACACCUUCCAAGAUGAAGGUGAG